AUGUCUUGUAGGGCUCUGUCUCUGGGGGGAGUUAAUUCUCUGUGCGUCAGCGAGUACGCAAAGGCUUUGGAGGUGAUUCCAUACACUCUGGCAGAGAACGCGGGUCUUCGGCCCAUUGAGAUUGUCACUGCUUUGAGAAAUAAACACAACCAGGGACUAAAGUUCGCCGCCGUGGAUGUUAAGAAGGGCACGGUAUGCGACAACAUCGUUGAGGAACUCAAUAUCGUCCAACCUGCCCUGGUCAGCCAGUCCCUUAUCAAUUUAGCCACCGAAAUGGUCAUGAUGCUUCUCAGAGUGGAUGAUGUUGUUCUGUGCAGAUAG